CGGCGUCGCGCCGCGCCCGACGCCGCGCCGCGCGCGUUGAACGCUCGACGCGCGCGCCCGCGCGCUCGCGCUCGCGCGCGCCGCGCGAUGGCGUCGAGCGCGCCCGCGGCGCGACGGCGUGGCGUCGCGAAACCACCGCUGAUGCCGCGCGCGAACGAACGCGACGACGACGACGCGCCGGCGCGCGCCGCGCGGGACGGGGCGACGGCGACGGGGACGAUGCGACGGACGCCGAGCUUUUCUGACGAGCUCGGACACUAUUUCAAGGGGUUCGGCAGGCACGACGCGUACGCGGGAGGAGAGCAGAUACGACCUUUGAUGCGAGGAUGGGUGCACUUCGCGUGCGUCGUGGCGGCGCUGACUGGACGAGGGCUGGGAUACUUUAAGAACAUGCCGGAACGCGCGUCGCUGUUCGUGCAGUGCACGAUGUUGACGUAUUUGGGGUCGACGUGCUUGCACAUGGUGCCGUGGAAGACCGCGCUCGGGUACGAUGUGGCGUUGGCGAUGGAUUUUAUCGGGAUAUCGUGGGGCUUCACCUCGCACUCUAUUUUGUGGACGGGCGGCGUGCACAGUUUUAGUCAAUUCGGCGCGGUGGCGGUGUUCGCGUGCAUGUGCUUGAUGCAGGUGGCGGCGUUUAAACAAAAAAAUAAACGCGUGUUGAUGUUUAUGCGUCGUCGGCGGCUGACGCUGAUCCUUUUGAAUAUGAUUUUCCUGGGCGUCGUCGAGGCGAGAGCCAUCGAGGAUUUCAAGACGAUGGUGGCGAUUCAGGUCCUCUCCAAGAUUGUCUCUCCGUGGUAUUUCAUGGCGUGCACGCGCUUCGACGCGAAGCACAAGUCAUUCUUUGAGAUUCAAGGCGUGUGGGGGCCGCAUGAAAAUUGGCACGUCAUCAUUCUCGUCGUGCACUUGCUGCAGCUCAAGGCGCUGCUGUCGCAAGACUCGUUUUGACGCGUCGCGACGGAGAUUGACGCGCCCGCGAGCGGACGAGAUGCUCGCGAGGUGACGCGUAAUGGGGAGGCGUCAAUAAUAUUGUACUUGAACGAC